AUGACGAAUUGGAAACGUGACUUGAAAAACGUUGAUUUCAAGUACAUUAACAAUUAUAGUCUGCAAAUUAACCGAUGGUGCCUAAAACCGAUAGGUGCUUGGCCCAUAACAAGCACGUCGAGUACAUUAGAGAAAAUUGUCGCGAUAGUACUGAUCAUCUUUUGUUCACUUACAAUAGCAAUCGUUACGGUGCCAUGUAUACUGUACAUAAUAUUGGAGGAUCAGACUAUCAUGGCAAAGAUAGGCGUCUUUGGGCCAUUGUUUUAUAGGAUUAUGGGUUCGAUAAGCUAUUGGACAUUGCUCAAGCGCAGCCACGACAUUCACAAUUGCAUACAGCACAUGGAGAUAGAUUGGCAGUUUAUACAAACAAUCGGAGAUCGUAAAACGAUGCUGCAAUACGCUAAGUUCGGACGUUUUCUCGCCGGAAUUAGUGCGGCGAUCACGCAGGGCGGUCAGCUGCUCUUCGGCACCGCAAAAGCAAUAAAAACUACGACCAUCAUGAUCGGCAACGAGACUUUUAAAACGCGCCCAAUGACAUGUCCAACAUACAGUAAGAUUCUCGAUACGAGAUUCAGCCCUAUAAACGAAAUCAUGCUGAUUAUACAAUUCGUGUCGGCAUUUGUAGUAAGUUCCGCAAUAGUGAGUGUUUGCAGUCUCGCCGGAGUUUUCGCGAUGCAUGCCUGCGGCCAACUCAACGUAUUGUAUGCGUGGUUGAACAAACUGGUAAUUGAAUACGAAGAGAAGGGAAAUCAAUCAGUCGAACAAAAAUUGGCUGCUAUUGUGGAGCAUCAUUUGAGAGCAUUAAGUUUUAUAGCACGUGUGGAAAGUAUUAUGCAUAAAGUUUGUCUUGCAAUAUUGAUGGGCUGCACGCUAAAUAUGUGUUUAUUUGGAUAUUAUUCGAUUAUGAAUUGGGGUGCUUUCGAUGCAGCAAAAAUAUUGUCAUAUAUUACUUUAUAUACUUCAAUGGGGUUUAAUAUAUUUAUUUUUUGCUAUAUCGGCGAGAUUUUGACACAGCAAGAGGCCAAUAUCAAAUUAAAACUGAGCGCAAUUGCUCCGCUACUUCAUAGUUAUGGAAUCGUGAACAUCAAACAAAGAUUGAACGCAAUUGGACCACUGCUUCACAGGCUUAUGGGCAUGAUAAAUUACUGGGUGCUAUUAAAGCGCAGCAGCGAUAUUCACAAACUAAUACGACACAUGGAGACAGAUUGGAAUCUCGCACAAAGAAUAGAUGAACAUAAACUGAUGCUGCAAUAUGCCAAGUUCGGUCGUUCCAUCGCUAUGAUCUGUGGACUAAUUAUGCAAGGCGGUACGUUUCUGUUCAGUUUAGCAAGAGCAUUGAAAACUACAACCAUCAUCGUCGGCAACGAAACUUUUACGACGUAUCCUAUGACCUGUCCGGUUUAUAGCAAGAUCAUCGACACGAGAUUUAGCCCUGUGAAUGAAAUCGCGUUGGUUCUGCAGUUUCUGUCAACGUUUGUACUGAGUUCUUCUACUGUCGGUGCUUGCAGUCUGGCUGCUGUCUUCGCGAUACAUGCUUGUGGUCAGCUAAAUGUGCUGUCUAUAUGGUUACAUGAACUUGUUCAAAAUCAGGAGAAAAAAAAUCAUAUAACUCAAAAAAAACUGGCACUUAUUGUGGAACAUCAUCUAAGAGUAUUGAGUUUUAUAUCACGUGUGGAAAGUAUUAUGCAUAAAGUUUCGCUUGCGGAAUUAAUGGGAUGCACGACAAGUAUGUGCCUACUUGGAUAUUAUACUAUUAUGGCUUGGGAAACGCUUGAUACAGCAAAAUUAACAUCUUACUUCAUUGUAUAUUUAUCAAUGGGUUUCAAUAUUUUUAUAUUUUGCUACAUCGGAGAAAUUAUCACAGAACAGUGCAAAUAUGUUGGGGAAGUAGCAUACAUGACUGAUUGGUAUAAUCUACAUCACAAAACUGCACGUGACCUCAUUUUGGUCAUUGCUCGAUCGAGUAAUGUGAUUAAGAUCACUGCAGGAAAGUUAUUCCAUUUAUCUAUUGCAACUUUUGGUGAUGUAAUUAAAACUUCCAUAGCUUAUUUAAAUCUCUUGCGAACAAUGACUAUGUAA